AUGCUCUUCUCCGCGCUCUUGCUUGGCAGCGCCGCCGGCGCUCUUGCUGCCCCCAGAUCCGUGGCAGUCACCUCCUUGGCCGCCGUUGCAGCAGCGGAUAAGCCGGCGGCUUUUUUUCUCGCAGGCGACAGCACGACGGCAGUGCAGGCUGCCAACGGUGGUGGCUGGGGCAAUGGCUUCCUCGAAACCACCCUUCAAAACGGCGCGACGGGCAAGAAUUACGGCCACAACGGUGCGACCACCGUUAGCUUCCGGGAAGGGGGAGACUGGGACACUGUGCUCCAGGAGGUCAAGGAUGCUGUGGCCGAAUACACGCCAUACGUGACGAUCCAGUUCGGCCACAAUGAUCAGAAAUCCGACAAGGGCAUCAGCAUCGACGAGUACACGGCCAAUCUUGAGCAGUUCGUCGAAGAUGUGCGCGAUGCGGGCGGCAAACCGAUCCUCGUGACCCCCCUCUCCCGCCGCCAAUACAGCUCCUCCAACUCGUCCAUCACCGAGAACCUCGCCGCGCAGCGCGCCGCCACGCUCGCCGCGGCCGCGUCGACGUCGGCCCUCUCCAUCGACCUCAACCGCGCCAGCACCGACUACCUCAACGCCAUCGGCGCCGACAACGCCUACACCUACAACCUGGACAGCGACGACCGCACCCACCUCAACGCCGCCGGCAGCGUCGUCUUCGGGAACAUGGUCAGCUGGCUGAUGGACCAGAUCGAAGGCGCGGAAGGGGAGGCCCUGAAGCAGUGGACCGUGCCCGGGGAAGCGUACGUGAGUGCGUUUGAGGAGGGGGUGUAUAUCGCGGAGUGA